AAACAAUAGUUUCAAAAUGUUUGAAAAUUUCAAUUUGAAGACGGUUCUGAUUGGAGGAGCCAUCAUUGGCGGCUUAGCAACCGUAGGCUAUGUAACCUACAAGCUAUUCACUAUGAACAACGACGAAAAAAUUGAUGUUGAUGGAAAGUUUGGAGAAUUUGAUGUUUCGUCUGCAGAGAGAGAAAAGCGGGUUCUCAACAAAGCCCGGAAAAUGUCUAUUGUUGACCCUAAAUCGGCAAGCUGCGUGAUCUCAUCGGACCACAUGACUCGCGUUAACUGCACAAGAUUGAAGGAUUUCGAAGAAAUUGCCCAAGAGGAGAAUGGUGAGACUCAAAUCACCGAAAAGAGCGAUGAAACUGAACGUCAGAUGUCUUGUCAAGUAGAGAGAAACGAAACCACACCUGAGACCGCAUCUGAAAACCUGGUACGCAAAGCAGAUGAUGAUGUUGAUGGUAAAGAAGAAGAAAUAAAGGAAGAAGAAAGUAAAGAAGAAAAAAAGAACGAAGGAGAAGAAGAAAAAGAUGAAAGAACCAUAGACGGAGGAGGAACCCAAAAGGAAACAGAAGAGGAACAAGACAACGAGACUCAAAUCACCGAAGGAAACGAUACUAAAUGUCUCAAGUCUCCUCAAGUUGAGAGGAACGAAUCAACGGAGACUACACCCGAGGCUGCACCUGAAAACCUUGUCCUCAAAGAAGAAGAUGAUGUUGUUGGGAAAGAAGAAGAAACGAACGAAGGGAAAGAAGAAAAAGAUGAAAGAACCAAAGACGGAGGAGAAGCCCAAAAGGAAACAGAAGAGGAACAACACAACGAGGCUCGUCCUGCGAUUCCAUUGGAUACUGAGGCAGCGAGUGGCAGCCAUUCAACAAACCAGCCAAUGCCUGGUUUAUAUAUCCCAAGUGUUCUAAAGAACGUGAAGACAAUGCGGGAUUUAAUGCAAACCAUGGAAGCGCUGAGUAUCUUCUUAUUUACCACUCAAAGAACUCAAGAGGAACUGGACGAAGCAAGAAGAGAACUUGGCUGGACGGUUCUGAUUGGAGGAGCUGUUAUUGGAGGACUAGCUACCGUAGGCUAUGUAACCUACAAGCUAUUCACUAUGAACAACGACGAAAACAUUGUUGAAGAUGGAAAGUUUGGAGAAUUUGAUGUUUCGUCUGCAGAGAGAGAAAAGCGGGUUCUCAAGAAAGCCCAUAAAAUGUCCAUUGUUGACCCUAAAACAGCAAGCUGCGUGAUCUCAUCGGACCACAUGACUCGCGUUAACUGCACAAGAUUGAAGGAUUUUGAAGAAAUUGCCCAAGAGGAGAAUGGUGAGACUCAAAUCACCGAAGGAAACGAUACUAACUGUCUCAAGUCUCCUCAAGUUGAGAGGAACGAAUCAACGGAGACUACACCCGAGGCUGCACCUGAAAACCUUGUCCUCAAAGAAGAAGAUGAUGUUGUUGGGAAAGAAGAAGAAACGAACGAAGGGAAAGAAGAAAAAGAUGAAAGAACCAAACACGGAGGAGAAGCCCAAAAGGAAACAGAAGAGGAACAACACAACGAGGCUCGUCCUGCGAUUCCAUUGGAUACUGAGGCAGCGAGUGGCAGCCAUUCAACAAACCAGCCAAUGCCUGGUUUAUAUAUCCCAAGUGUUCUAAAGAACGUGAAGACAAUGCGGGAUUUAAUGCAAACCAUGGAAGCGCUGAGUAUCUUCUUAUUUACCACUCAAAGAACUCAAGAGGAACUGGACGAAGCAAGAAGAGAACUUGGCUGGGUUUUCGACUUGGCCAAGGGAUUCUUUAUACAUAGAAUUCCUGAACUUGGUAUUCCUGGCCUUAGUGCUGAAAGGGAACCAGGAAUGUCUUCCCAUUAUGCAGAGGAAGAAUCUGCCAACUCUCUGCCAUUGGAAGAUGAAGAGGGUGAAGCGGAUUGAACAGACCGUUCAUUGGAACAUUUGAUAUUUUUUUUCAAUUUUUUAAUGGUCACUUUUUUUUCCUUCAAAUUUGAAACUUUAUGACUUUUUAAUGGUCUAAUAUGGGGCGAAAAGAAUAAAUACAUUGACUUGUAACACUUCAUUUGAAAAGAUAGUUUUAUUGACUUUGAGGAAUAAAUCAAGACACAUUUGUCAAUUAAACAAAUGGC